AAAGUAAGAGCCUUUAGAAGAAUUUACAUUUGCAUAUUUAUUAGUGAUUCUUCUUCAUUCCAAAUUUCCAAUCUCCAUAACUGGUAAGUCCUACCAAAUCCCUGGCUGCAUCCAUUUUCAUUAUCUCCUUUCCCUUUUUGCUCUCUACCUGUCUCCCUUACUAUCUGAUCUCUGGAUUCGAUUUUACUUUUACCGAUGAUUCCUGCAGCGAAAACGAAUUUUGUUGAUCCGAUUGGUCACUUGCUCAACACUCAAGAUCAGCAUUGCUUGAUUUCGUUCAUUCAGCUUUUUUAACUUUCUGGGAUUAUACAGCUUUAAUCCCCAAAUUGUGUUUGAUUUUGACUCGAUAUUUUUUUUUGAUUGUUUGUGUCUUCGUAUUGUUGAUCCAAAAUUUGGAAUUCAAGCUGGAGCAUCACUGUUUAGUUUCAUGCUUGUGACAUUCCUAUUGUGGAUUUAUGGUGCAUCCGUGUUUUUGUUCUAGUGUUUUUCUAUUGCUCAAUUUUGAUGGUGCUGCAAUCUUGUGACAAAACCUCUGUUUGGGAAAGUGGUUUCAAUGCUUGUGGGACUUCUCCAUAGUCAUGGUAAUAUAUACAGAAGCCUUUAUGUGAUGAUAGGGUACGGUUAUUGCUGUUCUUGGAGAUUUAGGUUAACGGAUCAGGUUAUUUAGUGGAGUUUCAAACUUAAUUGUUAAAAGUGCUGCACAAUUUUGAUAUGAGAAGCUUCUGGUUUAAUAAACUGUCCGUCACUUUCGGCCCAAGACCACCAUUUAGUUGGCUGCUAUUGUGCCUUGUUAGCGUGCUUGCACUAAUUGCAGUUUUAGGAUCAUCAUCUUCUUAUAAUGCAUUUGACUCUGUAUCUUCCACACUGGUCCCUGAGACAUAUACAAAUUAUAGAAGGCUAAAGGAGCAAGCAGCAGUUGAUUAUAUAGAUUUGAGAGCUCUCUCACUGGGAGCUAGUCACCCAAGAGAGCUUGGCCUUUGUGGCAAAGAAAAAGAACAUUUUGUUCCUUGUUACAAUGUUUCAGCCAACUUGUUGGCAGGAUUUAAAGAUGGGGAGGAGUUUGAUCGUCAUUGUGAAGUGUUACGAAAGGGACCUCGCUGUUUGGUUCGCCCUCCAAAAGGGUACAAGAUACCUCUGCGGUGGCCAGUUGGCAGGGAUGUUAUAUGGAAUGAAAAUGUCAAGAUAACCAAAGAUCAGUUUCUUUCUUCUGGGAGCAUGACCAAAAGGUUGAUGUUGCUGGAAGAAAAUCAAAUUGCUUUUCACUCUGAGGAUGGGUUGAUCUUUGAUGGUGUCAAAGAUUAUUUGCGCCAGAUUGCAGAGAUGAUUGGACUGGGUCGUGACUCUGACUUUAUUCAAGCUGGUGUGCGUGCUGUACUUGAUAUUGGUUGUGGAUUUGGAAGCUUUGGAGCUCAUUUGGCAUCACUCAAGUUAAUGGCUCUUUGUAUUGCUGCAUAUGAGGCAACUGGCAGUCAAGUUCAAUUUGCUCUUGAGAGAGGUCUUCCAGCCAUGAUUGGCAAUUUCAUUUCAAGACAACUCCCAUAUCCGUCACUGUCCUUUGACAUGAUUCAUUGUGCUAAAUGUGGUAUUGUUUGGGACAAAAAAGAGGGGUUCUUCCUUAUAGAAGUAGAUCGGGUACUGAAGCCUGGUGGUUUUUUUGUUUUAACCUCACCAACCACCCAGCCACAAGGAAGUUCAGCAAGUAUGAAAAAGAGAAACAUGUUGACAACAAUGGAAGAAUUCACUGAGAAAAUUUGUUGGAGUCUUAUUGCUCAGCAAGAUGAGACUUUCAUCUGGCAGAAAACAGCUGACAUUCACUGCUAUUCUUCUCGCAAGCAUGGUGCUGCACCACUUUGCAAAGAAGGACAUGAUGUUCCAUCAUAUUAUCACCCCCUUGUGCCAUGUAUCAGUGGAACCACCAGCAAACGCUGGAUUCCCAUACAGAACAGGUCCUCCAGCUCACAUUUAAGCUCUGCUGAGCUCGGGAUUCAUGGAAAGUAUUGUUUCAAUGCAUAUUAUUUUCCUCUCUGCAUUUCCCUUUUUCAAGUUGUCUUGGGAUUCUUUAUCUGUUCCAUUUAGCUUGAUGUUGAAUGGAUAUCCUUUGAUGUGUUGGUUUGUUUAUGUGCAUAAAUUUUUGCAGGAGUUAGUCCAGAGGAAUUUUUUGAAGAUUUGCAGGUUUGGAGAUCAGCUUUAAAAAACUAUUGGUCUUUGCUUACACCCUUAAUUUUCUCUGACCACCCUAAGAGGCCUGGUGAUGAAGAUCCAUUGCCUCCAUUUAACAUGAUACGCAAUGUGAUGGAUAUGAAUGCUCAUUUUGGGGCCUUAAAUGCUGCAUUUCUGGAGGAAAAUAAAUCUGUCUGGGUGAUGAAUGUUGUGCCUGUCAGGGCUCGUAAUACACUUCCUCUCAUAAUCGACCAAGGUUUUGCUGGCGUUUUACAUGAUUGGUGUGAACCUUUCCCAACAUACCCUCGGACAUAUGACAUGCUUCAUGCAAAUGGGCUCCUUUCUGAUAUCAGCUCUGAGAAUUGUAGUUUGAUGGACUUAUUUUUAGAGAUGGAUCGGAUUCUUCGCCCUGAGGGAUGGGUUAUGCUUUCUGAUAAACUGGGAGCCAUAGAGCUGGCAAGGACACUUGCUACACAGAUGAAAUGGGAUGCAAGGGUUAUUGACCUUCAAAAUGGUAGUGACCAGCGGCUGCUUGUUUGUCAGAAACCCUUUGUGAGAAAGUGAUUGAUCUAGCACCUGAAGGUCUUAUAAUACAGAUGUGUACAAAUUAUUGAUCUGAGCAUGAAGAAUCAGCAGCACAACACAAUAAGCGCAAGGGUCCUGCAGGAUCUGGUGUUCACUGCCGAAUAAGGGGACUGUGGAAGCUGCAGGGUAGAAAGGAGGAUUGCUGCAGAAGUAGAUUCCUUGAAAGAUUCAAGUUAAUUUUAGUUGGCAAAAGCAUCACAUUAGGGUGCAAACUUUCUCUUAUUAUGCAAUUGAGAGCAUCAUCUUCUAUUGGUAGACGCUAUCUACGCCGACAAAUCAGAGCAAAUUUGAAUUGUGCUCACCUUGUUACAUAUCACCAUAGGAAUCCAACACGUAUUCAAAACACAUUCUAGUGAAAUUUAGUGGAGAUGAAUGACACGAGGGAAUGAGAAUUUGUCAAGCUUUCUUUCUUUUAAAUUUUGCUUUUCUAGAAAAAAAAAAGUGUUAAUGUACUAAAUCUUUAGUAGCUGUAAAAUCUUAUUAACAGGGCAAUUUGGAUUGGGUGUUAUUUAUAGUGAAAUAGCUUCUAAGAAAUAUCUAGAAGAUAG